AAGAAGAGGAGCGAGGUCCUGUCGACCUCUCGCGAUAUUUCAGGGGAGGAGCCAAGCCACCCAGCCUCACAUAGUUUCCCUCAGCCAACCAGACGGACGCGUUGUUUUUUCCCCCUUUCCGUUGUGGGAAUUAAUAUGGACCCGGCCGGGACAGACUGCCUGUUCCAAAAUUUAAUUGAAACAUUGGAUGAAAAUACAGACAAAAGGUUCUACAAUAUUGCUAAACUAGGAGGCACCAAAUAUGAUAUCCUGCCUUAUUCCAUACGGGUUCUGUUGGAAGCUGCGGUCCGUAACUGUGAUGGCUUCCUUAUAAAAGAAGAAGAUGCCAUGAACAUUUUGAAUUGGAAAACAAAGCAGAACAAUGUAGAAGUGCCCUUCUGCCCUGCCAGAGUCCUCCUCCAAGACUUCACUGGAAUUCCUGCCAUGGUGGAUUUUGCUGCUAUGAGGGAAGCUGUGAAAACUCUGGGAGGAGAUCCUACCAAAGUCCAUCCUGCCUGUCCAACAGAUCUCACUGUUGACCAUUCUUUGCAGAUUGACUUCAAUAAAUGUGCAAUACAGAACACCCCAAAUCCUGGUGGUGGGGAUUUGCAGAAGCCGCCCUCCAAGCUUUCUCCACUGAGAGCCCCUCGGAAGGCGUCUUGCAGGGGCCAGUCCAGUUGCAAAGGGCCCUGUGAUGGAGAACCAAGGCGGAACGCGGGGCAACUCUCUGUGCAAAUUGAGAACACACCUCUUCUGUGUCCUUUUCAUCUUCAACCAGUGCCUGAGCCUGAAACAGUUUUAAAAAACCAGGAGAUAGAAUUUGGUAGAAAUAGAGAAAGACUCCAGUUUUUCAAGUGGGGCUCCAAAGUUUUUAGGAAUGUCUCCAUAAUCCCUCCUGGAACAGGAAUGGCACACCAAGUAAACCUGGAGUACUUGUCGAGGGUCAUAUUUGACACUGAAGGCCUUCUUUAUCCGGACAGUGUCAUUGGCACCGAUUCUCAUACAACAAUGGUGAAUGGCUUGGGCAUCUUGGGAUGGGGAAUGGGAGGAAUUGAAACAGAAGCAGUCAUGCUGGGAUUACCAGUCACCUUCACUUUGCCUGAGGUGGUUGGAUGUGAACUUACUGGCUCUGCCAGCCCACUUGCCACAUCAAUAGAUGUGGUCCUGAGCAUUACAAAGCAACUGAGGCAAGCAGGGGUGUCUGGAAAAUUCGUGGAGUUCUUUGGUCCUGGAGUUUCCCAGCUCUCUAUAGGCGACCGAACCACAAUAGCAAAUAUGUGUCCAGAAUAUGGUGCUAUCUUGAGCUUUUUCCCUAUCGAUAAUGUGACACUGAAGCAUUUAAAGUAUACAGGUUUUGACAAGACCCAACUUAAGUCCAUGGAAGCGUAUCUUAAAGCUGUGAAAUUGUUUAGAAAUUAUCAGCUUCCCACUGAAGAACCAGAAUAUUCGCAGAUUAUACAUAUAAACCUGGAAUCAAUAACACCCUACGUAAGCGGCCCCAAAAGGCCACAGGAUAGAGUGGCUGUGACGGACAUGAAAAAGGAUUUCCAGACAUGCCUCAGUGAAAAGGUUGGGUUUAAAGGCUUUCAGAUCCCGCCAGAAAAGCAAAACGACACCGUCCCUGUGGAGUAUGAAGGAAACGAGUACAAGUUGGCGCAUGGAUCCGUGGUCAUUGCGGCCGUGAUCAGCUGUACGAACAACUGCAAUCCAUCUGUGAUGCUAGGAGCAGGUUUGUUGGCCAAAAAGGCUGUUGAAGCUGGUCUGACCGUGAAACCUUACAUCCGAACUAGCUUAUCACCAGGGAGCGGAAUGGUCACCCAGUAUCUCAGUUCCAGUGGCGUAUUGCCGUACCUUAACAAACUCGGAUUUGAGGUCAUUGGCUAUGGAUGUUCCACAUGUGUUGGAAAUACCGCUCCGCUACCAGAAACAAUUCAGAAUGCAAUUGUUCAGGGUGAUUUGGUGGCUUGUGGGGUUUUGUCAGGGAACAAAAACUUCGAAGGCCGCCUCUGCAGCUGCAUCCGUGCCAACUACCUUGCCUCUCCUCCUCUUGUUAUAGCUUAUGCUAUUGCAGGAACUGUGAAUAUAGAUUUCCAGAUGGAGCCAUUAGGAAUCACUCCUGAUGGGAAAAGUAUUUUCUUGUACGAUAUUUGGCCUACGCGAGAAGAACUUCAACAAGUAGAGGAAGAGUUUGUCAUAGCGUCCAUGUUUAAAGAGCUGAGGCAAAAGAUGGAGAAAGGAAACAAGCUAUGGAACUCUUUGGAAGCGCCCGAGUCGGUUUUAUUUACAUGGGAUUCAAAGUCUACUUACAUCCGAUGUCCUUCGUUUUUUGAUAAGCUUGCCAAAGACCCUCGUCCGCCCCAGUCGAUUGAAAACGCACACGUUCUGUUGCACUUGGGGGAUUCUGUCACAACGGAUCACGUCUCGCCUGCAGGCAGCAUCGCCAGGGGCAGCGCCGCCGCCAGAUACUUGACCAAUAAAGGCCUCACUCCCCGUGAAUUCAAUUCGUAUGGUGCUCGACGGGGCAAUGAUGCUGUGAUGACGAGAGGCACUUUUGCAAACAUCAAGCUUUUCAACAAAUUCAUUGGGAAGCCGGCUCCUAAAACCAUUCACUUCCCAACAGGGCAGACGUUGGAUGUAUUCGAUGCGGCCGAGUUAUACCGGAAAGAGAACAUACCUCUGAUCAUCUUGGCCGGCCAGAAGUACGGACUGGGGAGCUCAAGAGACUGGGCUGCAAAGGGGCCUUUUCUACUGGGUGUCAAAGCAGUUAUCGCCGAAAGCUACGAGAAGAUCCACAAGGGCCAUUUAAUUGGGAUGGGCAUUGCUCCGCUUCAGUUUCUCCAAGGCGAAAGCGCACACGUUUUGGGCUUGACGGGCAAAGAGCAGUUUUCGAUCUCCUUUCCUCAAGAGUUAUCCCCUGGAAUCACGUUAGACAUAAAGACAAAUACAGGUAAAGUAUUCCGCGUUCUUGCCUCCUUUGACAAUGACGUCGAAGUGACAUUGUACAAACACGGUGGCGUUUUGAACUACAUGAUGCGGAGGCUCUUGUAGGGCCCCGUCCGCCCCUCCCUCCCUUCCUCCCUUCAUGGGCCACGCGGGCCUCACCCCGGUCGACGGAACUGUCCACAGUCCCACGGCGCUCGGGAUGCUUCGUCCAUGGAUGUACAAGAUUGUGAAUUGUUGUAGUGACUGCAGCAGGAAUCCUUCCGGAUUUUCAAAUAAUAUUCGAAUGGUGCUAUAUUGACAUUGCUUUAAAAACAUAAUUGACGUGCGUGUCGUGACAAGAGAAGCUGUAAGUAUGGGGAGGGCGGGAGGGGAGGGAGUGGGUUGUCCUGGACCGUUUUGUAAAUAAAGGAUGUGAAACCCUGAAAAUGAAUUGUGGUGAACUAAGACAGAUUAUGAUUUUUAGGAGUUUGCUUGUUGUUUUUGUUCUUCCCCCUCUUAGGGCCCUUCUAGACAGGAUCUGAUCCCAGGUUUCUGUUUAUCAGAUUAUCUGGUAGUGGGGACUCAUAUAAUCGAGGUUAACGCAGAAAACCUGGGACCAGAUCUGGGAUAUAGAGCCUGUCUGGAAGGGCACUUGGUUUUAACUUUCUGUUUUGCUUUUUGGCUCAGAAGUUGAAGGAUGGUUUGUUACUUUUUUAUCCAGGUUUCUUAAAAUUGAGUUGGGAAGGGGAAGGAAGCCUGUCAUACAACAUACUUUAAGUGGGUGUCCUUAAAAUAAGUUGGGCCACAACUCCCUCACCACUAUGUCUCCCACUCCUCUGGUGACUGGGGAUGAUUUGGGAUCUGGAGAGUGCCAAGAAAGGAUGCAACAAGAAGAGAAUUUCUUGUGAAGGACACAAAGCUCAAAGAUCAAUUCAUUUUGGAGAAUUUGUACCUGCAAACAAGUACAACUGCGGCAUUCUCGCUUUGCUUCAUUCAAAAUCCAGUGGGCUUUUGUUGGGUUGCUGUGUAGGACCUUAACUGCAGUAUAUAAUAUAAUAAACCUUAUUUAUAUCUUGCCACCAUUUCCCCGAAGGGACUUAGGGUGGCUUACAAAAGCACUCCAAGCUGCACAUAUAUAACAUACAGCAAGUAAAAAACGGUACAUAAGUAUAAACAAAACACACAAAAUUAUAACAAUCCCUAUAACACAUAUGACAUAAGUCAAAAUAAUAGAAUUUUUAAAACAUCACUAAAUCUAGCAGCCAUGGAUUCAGAAACCUGGCCUUUUGCUGAAUUGUUGUAACAGAACCACUUUCUUUGAGAGCGGCACUAUACCUAUGUGACCCUUUGGAAUUCCAGUUAUUUUUCAGUUUGAGGGUGCAAUAAAAAUCUUAUACAUUCUUGGAUCGUCAUCGUCUAUAAAAUAUCAUCUAGGCACCACCUUGCACCCAAAUGCCUUUUGGAUUUUCUGACAAUACACUGACGUAGACCUCUCGGCUAUCUUAUUUUGAAUGAAAUACUUGCAAUGUAGUUCUGGUUAACUUUCCUUGACAUAGUUUGGUUCCUUCUGCAUCUCAUCAAGGAAAGCAAAAGAAACGCCGUGCAUGUCACAAUCUUUAUCUUCUCUAUCCUAGUUCCACCUCCUUUGUUGUAAGUGGAAGAUGGUCAUCUUGACUCUUAAACUUAUUUUGGUGUUGUCUGUUUGAGAUAUAACUCAUUUCCUACUACUUGUCUUAGAGCAGCAUUCACCAGUUUGGCUUUGAAAACUCAUGUCAAGAUUUCUGACUUGAGUGCCCACACAUACAUUCCCAAAUCUCAAGUAGCUUCGGACACAGACAGAAACAGUAUUAAAAGUCGAACACUCGCCUCAAUGUCCAUCACUCCCAAUGUCCAUCGGGAUCUGGACAUUGAUAUUUGAACCUAAUUUUUUUAAGUUGGCCAUUUUCACCAUUCUAAGUAGGACUAUAUGACAUUUAUAACAAGAGUUGGACAAUCUUGACAAUGCAGACACUUAAGUCAGAGGGUUCGAUGCAUAUAGAGCUCUUCAAUUCAAAAUACUGCAAAAAGGAGGCUGAAAUAUAGUCUAUUGCUUGUGUUACCCCUUCCAAAAGUCAAUGAUUGUGCUUUCCACGUGAUAGAUCCUACCUUUAAUUUCAAAUCCAGUAUCUUCAGAGUUAAUACACUUGCAUUUGAGGUGCUUGUCUGAAAUUUUGGCUCUUGGACUCUUUUAAGUUUUUAGUUCUGAACAAAUCAGUUUUCCAUACGCUCUUGCCAAAGACAAGUUUGUUUUCCAUAUUCCAGCUAUUAUGGGACUGCAGUGCCCAUCAUUUGUGACCAAUGGCAAUGCUAUUUGAGAGUGAUGGAUGUCACAGUCCAGUAACAUGUGGAGGAUCAUAUAUAGCACUAUAUAGAAACCACAAAAGGACAGCUGAACUGAGUGAUGUAUUCUCUUUCUUGGCAGGAGAAACUCGCUAUUUGUUCCUGUUGGUUUUGUCUGCCUCUUAAUAGUGACAAAAUACAUGUUUUACUCUAUCUUGGGGUGGGUGCAUUAUUUAGUUGAUAGUAAGUUCCAAAAAGAAUCGCAGAAACUGGAAACUUCCUUUGCAAUGUAAGAGGACUUUUAUUCCAAUCCUCUGGAAAGCCACUGUUACCAAAUUUGAGGGGGUGUUUAUUGAUGAUAUACCUGCAAAAUGGUCUAAAAAACUCAUUGAAAUGAUCACAUUUCAGCAACUGCAAAUGGAAUGUCUGACUCUUUGAAACCAAGAGAACAAUACGAUGUCAUGGUUUUUCAGUUGGCGGAUCAGUGUUGUAUAGAAAUCAUACCAGACAAAAGUUUCGGUUUGCAUAAAAUUGUGCAUAAAAUGUUUAUCCGGUGUAAAUUAUUUUUAAUAAAGGAAAGUUGUACCUUG